AUGCCUGAAUCGUGGGCAAUGUAUGCGGAUCCUUCUACCAAACUAUAUGAAGCACUGGGUAUGCAUAAAAGCCUGAGUAUGGGCGAUCACAAUCCAGGAUAUAUCCGGAGAUCGCUCGCGGAGAACAUGCUCGCAAGCAUUAUGCAGGGUGUGAGGAGGAUACCAGAAGGCGAUGUUAGAGGUGCUGGGAGCUGGAAAACGAAUGGCGGCGAGUUUCUUUUUGAGUGGCAGGAACAGGCUGAAGACUGGAAGCUCAUGUGGUGUCACCGAAUGAGAAAUUCUAGAGAUCAUACAGAGGUUGAGGAAUUGUCCCGCAUCAUCGGCCUCGGCGGCCCAGUUUCGGUCAAUGUGAGCGAACAAAUGAACAGCAAAAUAAUCACAGGAGCUCGAUCGUCGUCAGUCGUAUCGAACGAAGACUCAGUUUUACACGAGAAGCUGGAAAAACUUCCUUCUUCCAACCCCAAUACUGGCUUGAGAAGAUCGCUUUCAGUACGGCGACAGUCUUGGGCGAUCAAGACGAGUAUCUUGAGAAGGUCCCUCAGCAUUCGUGUUCGAGCUUGA